UUUAACAACACUUUGCUUGGAUUGUCAUGCUGGAUUAAUAAUUGUAUAAUCUUUCUUUCUUUUAGAGGGUAUUUGGGUUUUUUUUUUGGGUGCCUGCAGGAUGCUGUGAUCCUGUUGGGUCUGGGGACAAGUGUACAUACACUGGUGACUCCAGAGGAAGUGAGAGGGAGUGAAAGUGCAUGAUUAACAGCCCAGGAGAAAACCUUGAUGGUCAUCCCUACCUCUGCCAGGAAACACUGUAAUCGAGGCAGAGAUGGUAUUCCGAAUGGGAUUUCGGGUUUCUCAGAUCCUUGUCAUACUUGCCCUGACACUUUCGGGAGACAGAGCGGAUGCACAGAGGGCAGGCUGCAAGAAUGUCCACUAUGACCUCGUGUUCAUUUUGGAUACGUCAUCCAGCGUGGGAAAAGACAACUUUGAGAAGAUCAGGCAGUGGGUGGCCAACCUGGUGGAGUCGUUCGACGUGGGGCCAGACAAGACACGCGUGGCUGUGGUCCGCUAUAGUGACCGGCCGACCACUGAAUUCAACCUGGGGAGAUACAAGACCCUGGAGGAAGUCAAGAGGGCGGCCAAGAACAUCCGUUACCUGGGGGGCAACACCAUGACCGGGGACGCCAUCAGCUACACCACCAAGAACAUCUACACAGAGCUGGCUGGGGCCAGGCCCACCGCCCGGGGGAUCCAGAGGGUAGCCAUCCUUUUGACGGAUGGCCGGAGCCAGGAUUACGUCCUGGAACCGUCCAAGGCCGCCCAGCGGGCCGGGAUCAGACUGUUCGCAGUGGGCAUCGGGGAGGCGCUCAAGGUGGAGUUGGAGGAGAUCGCUGCCGAGCCCAAGAAUGCACACGUCUUCCACGUGUCUGACUUCAACGCCAUAGACAAGAUCCGCGGGAAACUGAGGAGAAGGCUUUGUGAGAACGUGCUCUGUCCAAACAUGAAGGUGCAGCCGGACCGGUUCAAAUCCAACAGCAGCAGUGCAGGCCUCGAGGAAGUUCCAGGAUUUGACCUCAUGGAGUACUUCAAUGUGAGGGACAUUUUGGGGACAAAAUUUGAACCAGGCCAAAGCUCGUUUGUGAGACUUGGAACAAUGCCUAUUGUCCAACAGACUGAAGAUGUUUUCCCACAAGGUUUGCCAGAUGAGUACGCUUUUGUGACGACUUUCAAAUUCAGAAAGACCUCCAGAAGGGAAGACUGGUACCUCUGGCAGAUCUUUGACAAGUACGGCAUACCACAGGUUUCCAUUCGCCUGGAUGGAGAGAACAAGGCCGUGGAAUACAAUGCGGUCGGACUGACUAAGGAUGCUGUGAGGGCGGUCUUCAAGAACCCAGAAGUUGACAACCUGUUUGACCGCAACUGGCACAAGAUAGCUCUCAGCGUGCAGGCCAAGUCCGUGUCCCUCUACCUCGACUGCAAACACAUAGAGACACUGCCGAUCGAGGACAGGGAAGACAUCGACAUCCAGGGAAAGACAGUCAUCGGCAAGAGGCUGUACGACAGUGUGCCGAUUGACUUUGACCUCCAGAGGAUGGUGAUCUACUGCGACUCCAAGCACGCCGAGCUGGAGACCUGCUGUGACCUCCCCACUGGCCCUUGUCCCAAGAAGGUGGUGACAGAGGCGCCCCCUAUCGAGAUCCUAACCCCCACCCCCAAGAGCGGGGAGCAGCACAGUGGCCCCAAAUCAGUGAACUGUUCCUGCCCUGCGGGAGAGAAGGGAGCGAUUGGUCCACCUGGAGCCGGAGGUGCCAAGGGUGAAAAGGGCGAUCCUGGGAUUCAGGGUGCAAUUGGACCUCCUGGCCUCAAGGGACAGAAAGGAGAUCCUGGUAAAGCUGUUUCUAUCAAAGGUGAUAGAGGCGAGAAGGGUGAGGAGGGUGAGCAGGGUGAAUCAGGAGAAAAAGGACAAAGGGGAGAAAAGGGAUCCGUCGGACUGCCCGGUCUCGGUGGAAAGAAAGGGGACAAAGGAGAGAGAGGUGAAUCGGGAAAAGCGGGUGACACAGGACCGGCCGGCCCUCUGGGACCCAAGGGAAUACAGGGGGAUGCGGGAACUCCAGGGUCACCUGGUCCCAAAGGCGUGACUGGUGACAGAGGAGUGAAAGGGGAAAAGGGAUCUGCAGGAUUAAGGGGAGAGCCCGGUCUGGAUGGACUUCCUGGAAAACCGGGGCUUCCAGGGAAGGAUGGACUCCGCGGACUCACUGGCCUGCCAGGAGUUAGUGGUGGUAGAGGUGAUAAGGGAGAAAGGGGCCUUCCUGGAAUGCCUGGUGAUGUGGUUCAGAAAGAGGGAUUGAAAGGAGAGGCUGGACCCCCAGGACCCCGUGGCCCCCCAGGGCCUAUUGGACCCCCAGGACCCCCGGGCCCACAAGGUCGUGAAGGCCCACCCGGAGAGCCUGGAGAGUUUGGCCAGAGGGGAAAGAAAGGGGAAAGUGGCCUGCCUGGCAUAGAUGGAUUGCCUGGACCACAAGGUCCUCCUGGUCCACCUGGCAGUGUCGGCCCCCCUGGGCAAACUGGACCUCCAGGACUACCUGGUGAAAUCGGAUUCUCAGGCAAACCGGGAGAGCCAGGAAAACCUGGUUUACCUGGUAAAGAUGGGCUGGACGGUUUCCCGGGCAACGACGGUGCAAAGGGACCACCCGGCGAACCAGGCCUAGAUGGGUUUCCUGGAAAACCAGGCCCAAAGGGUGCGGAGGGCCCACCUGGGCCAAGAGGCCUUGCUGGAGAGAGGGGAGAGGCCGGCCUGCCGGGACCUCCAGGACCCAUCGGCCCGAGAGGAGAGAAAGGCAGCCAGGGUGAAAGAGGGCGGGAUGGACCAUUUGGACCUAAAGGCGAUAAAGGUGACAAGGGCGACGUGGGACCCAAGGGACCCCCCGGACUUCCAGGAAAUGCUGUUAAUGUAAUCCCGGAGCCUGGAAAACCAGGGAAACCCGGAGAGAAAGGAGAAAAAGGAGAGCAAGGGAAACCAGGAGAACUUGGGCAAAGGGGACUUCCAGGUGAACAGGGUCAGCGCGGUCCACCAGGGCCACAGGGCCCAAAGGGAGAUACUGGACCGACUGGUGAAAGCGGCCGGGCAGGAGACCCAGGUCCGCCAGGGCUGCCCGGUCCUCAGGGUCCUCGUGGGUUGCCAGGCAACGUGGGGAUCCCAGGGAAAGCUGGACUGCCUGGACCACCUGGACCGACGGGGGAGAAGGGAGAAACGGGCAAAGAAGGAAGCCCCGGUCCCCCGGGUCGCCCUGGAGAGAUGGGCGUAGCUGGAAUCCCUGGAUUACCUGGAAAGGGGAAGGACGGACAACCUGGCCCGUCUGGACCGCAGGGAUUGCCAGGACCUCAGGGCCCCAAGGGUCCACCUGGAGCACAGGGGCUACAGGGACUUCCAGGUGAUAGAGGCCCCCCUGGAGAGGGCAUGACAGGACCCCCGGGACCUCCUGGGCCCAGUGGAGAAAUAGGACCUGCGGGUGCCAGAGGCCUACCGGGUAUUCCAGGCCCACAGGGGCCUGCUGGACACAACGGAUUACCAGGACGACCGGGAGAAAAAGGGUCUCCUGGAGAGCCGGGAAAAGCUGCAGACCUGUCGCAGUUAGAUUUGAAGGAUGUGUGCUCAGACUGCCCGCCUGGACCCGCUGGGCCCCCCGGCAUGCCAGGAGUUCAGGGGGACAAAGGACAGCCAGGGACUGCAGGAAAAGAUGGCAGGGAUGGGUACCAGGGACCAACUGGGCCAACAGGGCCAGCCGGUCCCCCUGGGGCAGAUGGAGCUAAGGGGAUAAAAGGUGAUCGGGGACCUCAGGGUGCACCUGGAGAGAAGGGUGACAAGGGACCUCCAGGAGCUCCCGGUUACCCAGGAGCUGCAGGCAUUAUGGGACAACCUGGAACAGAUGGUCAGCCUGGACCCAUGGGUCCUCCAGGACCCCCUGGAGAGAAGGGCAAAGAGGGAAUGAAAGGGAUCCAGGGGCCACCAGGUUUGCCUGGGUUAAUGGGGAUGGCUGGAAAGAUGGGAAAGGAUGGUCGACCAGGAGAGCCAGGGGAACCGGGUAAGCAGGGAGAGCCUGGACCCCCAGGCAGAGAUGGACUCAGAGGACUUCCUGGUUUUAAAGGGCAUAGAGGAGAGCCUGGACCACCAGGAUCCAAGGGCGAAGAAGGAAAGCAAGGCCUUCCUGGACGGGAGGGGAAACCUGGGAAAGAUGGUGGCCCUGGGCCCCCAGGACCUGAGGGACCCCGGGGCCCAAGAGGAGAGCAGGGCAAGCUUGGAGAGCCUGGCCCAGCGGGGAAACAAGGACCCGUUGGGAAUCCAGGCAUGAGGGGACCCAAAGGAGAGGCUGGGAGCCCUGGAUUACCGGGCUUUUCAGGCCCGAAAGGACCCACUGGACCACCCGGGCCAGCAGGCCCAGAGGGCAAACAAGGGGUACCAGGAAAGCAAGGGGAACGUGGUGCUAAAGGAGAAAGGGGAGACCCUGGUAUCAAGGGGGAUAAAGGCCAGACCGGAGAUCCAGGACACCCGGGGACUCCUGGUGUUCCCGGUCGAAAAGGACACACAGGGAUGAUGGGCAUGUCAGGACCCCCGGGAGAGAUGGGACCCUCUGGGCCUCCCGGGGCACCAGGACAGCCUGGCAUUCCAGGAACUCGGGGAGAGUCAACAUCACUGGAACAAUUGAGAAGGCUUAUUCAAGAGGAGCUGGCAAAACAGUUGGAUGCCAAAAUGGCGUACCUCAUGGCCCAGAUGCAGCCAACCCAUGUGAAAAACUCAGUGGGUCGUCCCGGACCCCCAGGACCUCCAGGCAAAGACGGAACUCCAGGACGAUCGGGUCCCCCUGGAGAGCCUGGCAUCCCAGGCCAGACUGGAUCAGAUGGGCCUAGAGGGCCAAUGGGUCCGAAAGGUGAACGAGGAUCCAAGGGUGAAAGAGGUGAACCUGGAGUGGGAGUGAGAGGAGAGAUCGGCCCUCCUGGUCCUGCAGGCAUGGCAGGGACACCUGGCUAUGGGAAAGAUGGAAUGCCAGGGACUCCAGGUGUACAGGGAGAGCCAGGACACCCGGGCCCCCAGGGGCCCCCAGGGCCUUCAGGACCCACGGGACAGUGUGACCCCUCUCAGUGUGCCUACUACGCCAGCCUGGCUUCCAGACCCGUCAACGUCAAGGGGACUUAAAACACAAAGACCCUGGGGCAUGGCUAUUUAUGAACUUGGAGUUUCAGUGAACUAAGAACUGUUCUUUAUAAAAAUAAUAAUAAUGAUAACCUCGUUUUGGGGAGGGGUUUUCACGUAACGUUUG